GUGACUUUUAUCUGUUGAGAAUUUGGAGACUAAUUAGACGAGAGAUACUCGAAUUCAUUGGCAUCUUGUCUGCACCGCAAUAAUGGCCAAAAUCACACUGUACUUCGACAUUGUCAGUCCGUUUGCCUAUCUCGCUUUCCAUGUAUUGCGAAAAUCUCCCGUAUUUGCCCAAUGUGAAAUUAGCUAUGUGCCAAUCUUUCUGGGCGGUUUGAUGAAUGCCUGUGGAAACACUCCCCCUAUCAAGAUCAAGAACAAAGAUGCAUGGCUUAACCAGGAACGGGACCGUUGGGCUCGUUAUUUCGACGUCCCCAUGAUCAAGCAUUUCCCUGAAGACUUUCCACCAAUGACACUGGAAGCACAGCGUGCUCUAUGUGCCAUCAACCAGAGAAUCCCCGAAAAGCUCCUCGGUGUCACCGAGGAAUUAUAUCGUUCAAUCUGGAUUCAUGGUAAUAUGAAGGUUGGACAAGGAGCAGCACUCGCAGCUGUCCUAGAAAGGGUACUGGGAAAGAAUGAUGCAGACGCAAUAAUCAAAGCUACCAAAGAACCAGAAAUCAAGGCCCUUGUGGCCUCCAACACAGACCGGGCAUUCAAGGAUGGUGCCUUUGGCCUUCCCUGGUUUGAAUGCACCAACGCCCAGGGCAAGACAGAAGGAUUCUGGGGCAUUGAUCACUUGGGCCAGGUGGUAGACUUCCUGGGGCUGCAGCGGAGGUUGGACAAUGGAUUCCGGGCGUUGUUGUAGAUGUAUUUCUUCACUUGUACUAUACUGAAACAGUCUACGUUGGAUAUAAUUUGGAAUUGAUAUAAUAGAUUUCGUUAAUUCGUGGUAGGUCGUUGAGCGGUACUUUUGUGCCUUUCCUGGAGAUACUCCACGAUUCUCUCUCUGUCCAUAUUAUCAAUGCGUUCGAUCUCUUCAGCAUCAGGCCUAGUGUCCUGUUCUGGAGUAUCCUCCCUCCCCUGCUGAUCUCCAGAUGUGAACGACUGGAUCCUCCCUCGAAUAUUCUGGACAACAUCACUAGCAGAGACCCCAUCGACUCGAUUUCUAAUAUCGUGAUAUGAUUCUUCCGCGAGAAUGCUAACGUUGUUUCCAAAGUCGAUAAUGGCACUUCCGUAGGCAGAGCUUCCCAGGCG